AUGCUCAGUUCGGAUCUGCUACUGACACAUUAUGAUCCGAACCUAUCAAUUGUUGUUGCAGAUCAUGCCUCUGCCAAGAACAUCGGAGCCGUCAUCGCCCACGUCUUUCCUGACGGCACACAAAAGGCCAUAAUGCACGCAUCCAGGUUGCUGACAACGACAGGACAGCUGUACGGACAGAUUGAGAAAGAAGCUCUUGCUUUGGUUUUCGCUGUCCACCGGUUCCACAAACUCAUUUACGGCCGAAGAUUAAACUUACUGACAGAUCACAAGCCGCUGCUGUCGAUUUUUGAUAAAAAACAGGCAUUCUAA